AUGCGGGUUAGAGGCAGCUCAUUUGUCACCAUCGCGGCGCCUCUCAGCCUCAUCUUGUUUCGAGUCGGUCAAGCUUUCAUCUCGACUCUGACUGAUGGCUUGAUGGAUAUGGGAACGAUUACAGCCUCAUCUAUACACAAGCUAAAGGUUAUACCUUUCACUGUUAACAAUGAGAUGGCGGAUCAAAGAUUUGAUUUAGAUUCAAUUAUUCAAGCAAAUCGAGUUGUUUGGCCGAUUCUGUUGUGA